CUGAAACUCCAGCAUCUUGACUUCUGGGCCAGCCUCCAUGGCCAGGUCCCGGGAUUGCUGGACUGGGACAUGGGGAACGAGUCCUUCCUAGCCUUCACCACGACGCACCUGCCCUCAGCCGAACAGAACCUUGCCAGAUAUAAACUCCGAAUAGUUGAGCCACCAAAAUUACCUCUGGAAAAAAACCCCAACCCUGAUAAAGAUGGUCCAGAUUUCAAGCCCAACCUGUGGAUGUGGGUAGAUCCCAACAUCGUGUUCCCCCCUGGAAAGCUGGAGAUCCCAGAACCCAGGAAGGGGAGGAAUCUGACAAGCACAGUCUCCUCCCCUCAACCACCCCCAAAAGAAGACGACUUUGCCAAAUGCCCAGAGGCCACAGUGGUGGAGUUGCCAUCACUUUCUGGAGACCCGUCUCCUCCUCAGAAGCGGUUUGCCUCUUCCCCCAGCAACAGGGAGCUCACAGAAGAGGAGGAGGCUGAGGACCAGGAUGACAGCUCCUCUGUGGCUCUCCCGUCCCCUCACAAAAGGGCCCCCCUCCAGAGUCGGAGGCUUCGGCAAGCCAACAGCCAGGAGGGGAGGCUCUGGUCCCGGCCCCCUCUCAAUUACUUCCACCUAAUUGCACUGGCAUUAAGAAACAGUUCCCCCUGUGGCCUCAACGUGCAACAGAUCUACAGUUUCACUCGACAACAUUUCCCCUUUUUCCGGACGGCUCCUGAAGGUUGGAAGAAUACUGUGCGUCACAAUCUCUGUUUCCGAGACAGCUUUGAGAAAGUGCCGGUCAGCAUGCAGGCUGGGGCCAGCACACGGCCCCGAUCCUGCCUCUGGAAGCUGACUGAGGAGGGACACCGCCGCUUUGCAGAGGAGGCCCGUGCCUUGGCCUCCACUCGGCUGGAAAGUAUCCAGCAGUGCAUGAGCCAGCCAGAUGUGAUGCCCUCCCUCUUUGACCUUUAG